CUCCACCGAGUCCACCCCCAGCGAACGGUGCAGGGGGCGCCAACCCUUUCGCGCUUUUUCUCCAUCGCCUUUCCUGCUUUUGCUGGCCUGCUCCCCUCUUCCAACCAUCUGUCCUUCGUUGAGAACAGGUGAUCGCCUUGGCCCGUUAUCUCGCGGCGUCGUGCGUGCGAACAUUGCUUUCGUUUUGUUGUUACAUCACCCUAUCUAAUAUCUUUCUGCUUGCUUCGAUUCACUCGCUUCUCGGGCACGCUUUGGCUUCGCUACCGCGCUUGACAUCUCCGUCUGCUUGCCCCUUGGCAAUCCCUCGACCAGUCGUUUCCUUGGGAUACCAAACGGAGAUUGCUGUUGCGUCGUCCAUAUUUUUCUCGCUCGUUACUGCCUAGAUUCCGGAUCGCCGCGACACAAGCCGCAAGGCUGAAUCAGAAGAGAAAGAGCAAAGAACCAGAUCCAACUCUCUGGUUCGACAGUUCGCGUUCAUAAGCUCAUCUGGUACGACGGGCUGUUGCAGUUUGGCAAGACCUGCAUCGUCACCACCAUCACAAUCGUCGCAAAAUGACCCGUUUUCUCUCGACUGUGGUAACGGCGCUCUGUGCCACGACCGUACUUGCGUCCAUUCCAACUUGUGGCGAGGGCAACAAGUGUCCUCAGGACUCACCAUGCUGUUCAGCAUACGGACAGUGUGGUGUCGGCGCUUAUUGCUUGGGUGGCUGUGACCCAAGGUACUCUUUCGACCUCAACUCAUGCGUGCCCAACCCACAAUGCCAGUCAGAGGACUACAAGCUGAAUUCUCUUGAUGACGUUGCGGACAUUUCACAAUACCUUGGCGACGCGACCAAGGCCAAUUGGGUCUCGAGUGGAAAGCCCGUGGUGUACAACAAGAAUUCUAUUCUCCUUACCAUGGCUCCAGACACUGUGGGUACGCUUUUGGCUAGCACACACUACGUCUGGUAUGGCAAGAUCUCGGCUACUUUGACGACGAGUCAAGGCGCAGGUGUCGUUACGGCUUUCAUCCUUAUGAGUGAUGCCAAGGACGAGAUCGAUUUCGAGUUCGUCGGCGUGGACACGCAGCACGUGCAAUCGAAUUACUACUUCCAGGGUAUCACAAACUAUGACAACGAAUUGAACCUGACUGCCUCAAACACCGAGUCGACUACGCACACGUACACUAUUGACUGGUCACCGGACCAAUUGAACUGGCUGGUCGACGGCAAGGUCUUGCGCACAAAGAAUCGGUCGGAGACAUGGAAUGCAACCGCGAACGCUUAUGCCUACCCGCAAACACCAGCCAGAAUCAUGCUCUCACUUUGGCCAGCAGGUUUGCCCACCAACGCACAGGGCACCAUUGACUGGGCCGGUGGCUUGAUCGACUGGAACUCACCGUAUAUGCAGAAUGGCUACUACUAUGCCAUGGUGAGUGACGUCAACGUGGAGUGCUACAAUCCUCCGGCUGGCGCUCAAGGCAGUGGAAAGGCCACCUAUGUUUACACCAACGUGGAGGCUACGAAUAACACCAUUGAGCUGUCGGACAAGUCAGUUGUGCUGAAGUCGCUGUAUGCGUCGGGCGACAAUCCCAAUUACAAUCCAAGUGGCUCUGCGGCGGCAAGCUCCACACCCGAGAGCAUUCCUGGCGUGUCUGGCGCAGGUGCAAAGAAUGACGGCUCAUCAGGUAGUGCAUCGAGCUCCGGCACGGCAUCUAGCUCGGGCGCAGCGCAAAGUGGGUCGAGCUCAGGCUUCACCCAGGGCUCUGGAAGCACGGGCUCAAGCGGCGGCACGAAGAUUCAUCCAGAGAGAUUGGGCGGCAGCGUGCUCGCAAUUUUGGUUGCUGUCGGCGUCAUGCUCUGCUGGUAAGCGGCAGCAGCAUACGCUCGUUCCCAAAAUCUUCUUUUUGCAUCUCUCUGGAUCACAUUUUCGGCGCAUAGGAUUCCAUCGCAUUGUACAGACAUUGUGCCCUUUUUCAUUUUUUGGAUAUUUGCAUCUGAUGGGGAUGGCUCUGUUGUAGCAAAACUCUAUCGCCGGGCUCAGCGUCAUCGGGACCAGCGAGGUCAAAAAUGCGUUCAGUCAUGUUCCUGUAAUGGGUUGGACGACGAAGAUUGGAGGAAAUUCUAUUUCUGGACGCUCCUUCUGCAGAUAAUUCUUGGCCCUCGUCUGUAAGAUAAAGCUUAAUAGUCCAAAUCGCAAGUCGCUCCUUCUCUACCGAUGAAGACACAGCCCCUGCACAUCGCUGAGACUACGGAGUGAUGAAGCUCAAUUCUGCACGUCCCGUCUAUCCUUCAGCCAUCUCCGAAGGCAACUAUCGGAGGAGAAGAAUCCAUAUUCUCUAGAUUCAAUCACGGGCUUGCGUUGCUGUUGCUGGUCAAGGUCGAUAGGACCUGACCAUUUUGUACACGUACGGAUAUCUCCCAUCCCUCCUCUAACAGUGAACUGUGACAGGUCUAUAAAACGCAUCGCGAAUUGGACGGUUUCGCUCAUUUUCCACCAAAUACAGCGACGACAUAUAUAUACAGCUUCUAGCACAGUAAAGAGACGAAACUAGGUCAUGUCUCUUCGGGCUGCUUGAUACUCUAGUGACAUCAGAGAGUAGCGAAAAUUCAGCUCUAGGCUUGCUCAACCUAUCUUAGCUGGCAUUAUCUGUUUUCCGCUCAUUCGAUCGACGAAGAAAUUAUCCAGUGUUCAGCGUAGCAAUACUUGGCCUAUUGGAUAUGCUGAAGUACCAGCACGCCAGUGUUCAACGCAUCGAGUUUGCUCAAUAACAAGGAAAAAUUCCACGUUUCGAUCUCUUAGAAAGGAUGGC